ACGUAUACUAACAGUAUUAAUGAGCGUUGGCAGCACUCUAUGCUGCCAAAUGAUUGUAUGUUCAAACGAUUUACCAGUUUCAAAUAAGUUUUAGAGUGACUGAACAUACCUCUUAGAUCUUGGUUAUUGGAACAGUGAUAAAUGCAAAUGUAAAUAGAUGUUCGAAGCAAAUGCAGGGGGUUUGAGUAUAUAGUUAGUUAUCUUAUAUAUAUAAAAAAGUGAGUAAGAGUCUAAAACUGAAUUGUUGGAACUGAAGCGAUUGAAAAUGUCUGUGCAAGUAAAUGAUCUUCCGCCCUCUUAUGACGAAGCUACUGGCAGUUCAUUAAUAGAUAAUACAAAAUCUGGAUCAAAUUUGGAUGCAAAUGCAAAAGACACAACAUUUAAUUCUGUUGUUAAACCAACAGCGCCUUCCCCGAUAAUAAAUUCAUAUGGUGCGUUGGAAACAACACCAGUAAGUGUUGAGGAUCCAUCUGAUGGUGAAGCUGACACUUUACCAAUCCCCAGAAUAGCAAUUGGUGAUUGUCCUGCUUGUCGCGUAGGUCAGUUGGAGGAUGGUUACUCCUGUUUAGGAUUAGUUUGUGCCAUCGUACUGUUUCCAAUUGGUAUAAUAUGCUGCAUGGCGAUGAAAAAUAAACGCUGUCCUAGUUGUGGGACAGAAUUUUAAAUUACGCAUAAAAUAAAUUGAAUGAUAAAUUUUAAAACGCCCAAAUAGAAAAUGAAAAUAAAAGUUCUCACCAUAUCGCUGAUUAAACAAGUGUGGCAUUUAACGAAAAAAAAUACCAAAUAUAUGAUAUUAUCUCGAACAUUAAAUAUUAAACAAAUUUCUAUUAUAUUAAUUAAUAAAGCGUUUAUUCUAUUGGUGCGUAAAUGUAGUUGAAAAGGCUCUAAUGAUUGUGUUAAACUUCGCGUCUUAGACUGAUAUUGGAUACGUUUUUAUAUUUAAAUCUCUACUAUUAUUGUUCAGAUACCUAAACUUUUUACGCUUGACUCUAAUUUGUAUUAUACUAUAUAAAUAAAAAGUGACAU